AUGCCGUUCACUAGACCCCGGCUACGAUCUUCACCACGGUCAUGCUGCAGACACUACUGUAGGUGUGUGUCAUCCCUGUUCUUCUCUCCCCUUGAUGCCCACACCUUGACCAACUUCUCUCGACUCUCGUUCGCCGACGGCCAGUUUAUUACCCACAGCUCUUGA